AACCAGCUGCCCUUUGACCCUGCCAACAACAACGAACCCCUGCAGUUUGGUAGUGCCAGUGGCCCUCUGGUCACAGAAGGCCUCAUUGAGAAUGGAGGGGAGUCAAGCAAGAAAAGAAAGAGAACAAAUGCUCCUUCAGCUGAUAGUAGUAGAACUCUGAAUGUGGAUUCCACUGCAAUGACGCUACCUAUGUCUGAUCCAACUGCAUGGGCCACAGCAAUGAAUAAUCUUGGAAUGGCACCACUGGGAAUCGCUGGACAACCAAUUUUGCCUGACUUUGAUCCUGCUCUUGGAAUGAUGACUGGAAUUCCACCAAUCACUCCAAUGAUGCCUGGCUUGGGAAUAGUACCUCCUCCAAUUCCACCAGAUAUGCCAGUAGUAAAAGAGAUCAUACACUGUAAAAGCUGCACACUUUUCCCUCCAAAUCCAAAUCUUCCACCUCCUGCAACUCGAGAACGCCCACCAGGAUGCAAAACAGUAUUUGUGGGUGGCCUGCCUGAAAAUGGGACUGAGCAAAUCAUCGUGGAAGUGUUCGAACAGUGUGGAGAGAUCAUUGCUAUUCGGAAGAGCAAAAAGAACUUUUGUCACAUUCGCUUUGCUGAGGAGUACAUGGUGGACAAAGCCCUCUAUCUCUCUGGUUACCGCAUUCGCCUGGGAUCUAGCACUGACAAGAAGGACACAGGCCGGCUCCACGUUGAUUUUGCACAGGCUCGAGAUGACCUGUAUGAGUGGGAAUGCAAACAGCGCAUGCUAGCAAGGGAGGAGCGCCACCGUAGAAGGAUGGAAGAAGAAAGAUUGCGCCCACCAUCCCCACCCCCAGUGGUCCACUAUUCAGAUCACGAAUGCAGCAUUGUUGCUGAAAAACUAAAAGAUGAUUCCAAAUUCUCAGAGGCUGUACAGACCUUGCUCACCUGGAUUGAACGAGGAGAAGUGAACCGCCGCAGUGCCAACAACUUCUACUCUAUGAUCCAGUCAGCCAACAGCCAUGUUCGCCGCCUAGUGAAUGAGAAAGCUGCCCAUGAGAAAGACAUGGAAGAAGCGAAGGAGAAAUUUAAACAGGCCCUUUCUGGAAUUCUCAUUCAAUUUGAACAGAUAGUAGCUGUGUACCAUUCUGCCUCCAAACAAAAGGCAUGGGACCAUUUCACAAAAGCCCAGCGUAAAAACAUCAGCGUUUGGUGCAAACAAGCUGAGGAAAUUCGCAACAUACAUAAUGACGAGUUAAUGGGAAUCAGAAGAGAAGAAGAAAUGGAGAUGUCUGAUGAUGAAAUAGAAGAAACAACAGAAACAAAAGAAACUGAGGAAUCAGCCUUAGUGUCACAGGCAGAAGCUUUGAAGGAAGAAAAUGACAGCCUCCGUUGGCAGCUCGAUGCCUAUCGGAAUGAGGUAGAACUGCUGAAGCAAGAGCAGGGCAAAGCCCACAGAGAAGACGACCCAAACAAGGAGCAGCAGCUGAAACUCCUGCAGCAAGCCCUGCAAGGAAUGCAACAGCAUCUACUCAAAGUCCAAGAGGAAUACAAAAGAAAAGAAGCUGAACUUGAAAAAGUCAAAGAUGACAAGCUACAGGUGGAAAAAAUGUUGGAAAACCUUAAAGAAAAGGAAAGCUGUGCUUCUAGACUAUGUGCAUCAAACCAAGAUAGUGACUACCCUCUCGAGAAGACCCUGAACAGCAGUCCUAUCAAAUCUGAACGUGAAGCACUGCUAGUGGGGAUUAUCUCCACAUUUCUUCAUGUCCACCCAUUUGGAGCAAGCAUUGAAUACAUCUGUUCCUACUUGCACCGUCUAGAUAAUAAGAUCUGCACCAGUGACGUGGAGUGUCUCAUGAGCCGACUCCAGCACACCUUCAAGCAGGAAAUGACUGGAGUUGGAGCCAGUCUGGAGAAGAGAUGGAAAUUCUGUGGCUUUGAGGGCUUGAAAUUGACCUGA